AUGCCUUUAGAUGCCGUCUCAAAGGCCCCAGUGACAUCACGGACAGCGAGCGGAGGAUUCGAGACGCAGGAUGGUACUCUCUACGUUUCCAAACCAUUUCGCUCCAGUACGUCCAAGAAACUAAGGGCCCUAAUCACCUUUGCUCCCAGAAAUUCCCACUUUGACACAAAUAACGAGUCGUCUGGUAACAACGAAUUUCGCGGAUUCUUCUCCUUGUUUUGGAUAUCCAUAUUCAUCUUCAUGGUCAGGACAUACAUAAAUAGCUACGAAUCCAAUGGCGCACCCCUCAAUUUUCGAUUUGCCACUCUCCUCUCCAAGGAUGCUAUCACCUUAGCGCUGAGCGAUGCGGCCCUGGUUGGUAGUACUAUCAUCUGCGUCCCCUUCGCGAAAGCCAUCAGCAAGGGUUGGAUUCGAUAUUACUGGACGGGGGUUUUCAUUCAACAUACUAUCCAAACGUUCAUUCUUUUCACUGCUGUGACGUGGACUUUCAACCGCCAAUGGCCAUGGGUUCAGUCUGGAUUUUUGACUCUACACUCUCUUGUUAUGAUCAUGAAGAUGCACUCCUACAUGUCAGUGAACGGGUACCUGCAAUACAUCACCGAACAAUCCCAGGUUAUACUCGAUCAGCUACGACAAGCCACUGACCAUGUUGGUGGCUGGGAAAAGGCACUUGCGGAUGCUAUUGCCCGUCGAACAGAAGCAGACAACGCUACAAGUGUAACCUGCUCGGAUAGCGAUGCGUCCAUAUCUUCUCCAGUCGGGACUCCUCCGGUUCCUAUAGGGAUGCAAGGUUCCUAUGUUGACGCAAAUGCGGCGGCUGUGAUUCGAAGGCGACUAGUCGCAGUGACCGCGGAGAAUGUGAAGCAGAAGACUACCGCCGAGGUCAUUCCAUCCGCGUUUGAUCCUCAUCCACUCAUCGAUCACCCAAACGAGUAUAUAUCGGAUCUCGCAAAGGAAUAUACCGAACUUCAAGAGGAACUCAGGAGCCCUGGGCCGGAAUACAUUGUCUGGCCCAAUAACAUCACAUUCAAAAACUUCGCUGUGUAUCAAUUGAUCCCUACUUUGGUAUAUGAACUAGAGUAUCCGAGAACAGACAAAAUUCGACCAUUAUAUAUUUUUGAGAAAACGACCGCAACAUUUGGUACCUUCGUCCUCCUAUACUCAGUCACCGAGACUUUCAUACUACCAAGGACCGAAACGACUGGAUCUUUCUUUCGGUCGUUGCUCGACCUUUCUUUGCCAUUCAUGCUGGCUUAUCUCCUUCUUUUCUAUAUCAUUUUCGAAUGCAUAUGUAAUGCUUUUGCCGAGCUCUCAUAUUUUGCUGACCGACGGUUCUACGAUGAUUGGGUAUACCAAAUCUUAUGCAGAUCUCUGCUCUAUAGGUGGAAUUCCACUUCCUGGGAUGAGUUUUCUCGUAAAUGGAACAAGCCAGUACACAUGUUCCUUUUGCGUCAUGUUUAUGCCUCGACUAUGGCCAGCUAUAAGCUAUCUAGAACGUCUGCUAUGUUCUUAACCUUUUUUCUGAGUGCAUGCGUACACGAACUCGUUAUGGUUAUCGUCACGCAGAAAAUAAGGAUGUACUUAUUCCUCCUGCAGCUAAUACAGAUACCUCUCAUCGCGAUGAGCCGAAUGCCCAUCAUCAAGCAGAAUCAGAUGCUUGGAAACGUCGUCUUUUGGCUUGGCCUUUACGCUGGUUUCCCCCUUCUCUGUGUUGCUUAUGUAGCGUACUAA